GGAGGACACAGAGGGACCAGAAAGAAAGUGCAGCCGCCGGCCAGCAGCAGGAAGUUGGACACUAACAGCGAACAUAAUCGGUAUUUUCCUCAAUUAUGAACUAUAUCUUUUUUUUAACAGCACAUGAGUUGUGGUAUGCAGCCACUGCGGAAAUGGGAUGACAUCUUGUUGUGGCUCGGACUCAGUCACAUGGUGUGUUUGGAUGGUCAGUGUGUUAAAGCCACAUCAGAGUGUGUGUAGCCUGCAGACGCGUUAACCAGGCAUCUGCUGCUGUCAGUGUGUGACUAUCCCCAUCUGAGCAUGCCUCACAAGAGCAAAAAAGAAAAGGAAACUAAACCUGGAAAAUCUAAAAGAUCUGGAGGUAAAAAUGGGCCUGCAGAUGACCAAGAUGGCUCCAAUAAGAAAGUGCCUCCCGCCACUCAGGUGAUGAGGGUGAAGCAGCCGGGGUCACACUCGGCCAUGAAGAGGGAGAAGAGGUUCAGCACUUCCUCUUUCCCCCUCAGUGAAAACAGAGAGCUACAGAAACUACCUGCACUGGCAGGUAUGCCUCCCUCAAUAUACAGUAUCUCUAUUAGAAGCUAUAGCUCUUUUCUUCAAAUGCAACUCCACUACAUUUUCCUUCUCUGUAGUAACUCAUAUACCCGUGUUGUAGUACUCAAGACCGGUUUUGGUCUCGAGACCACUUUUUGA